AUGCUAAGUUAUUUACUGUUUAUGUUAUACUUGCAAGUCGCAGUGUGUGAAAUUAUAAAACCUAAUUUUGUCGUCAUACUGACCGACGAUCAAGAUGUUGUGUUGGGUGGUAUGAGCCCUAUGAAGAAUGUACAACGCUUCAUUGGCAAUGAAGGGACAACUUUUAAGAAUUCUUUCGUUACAUCACCGAUUUGCUGUCCGAGCCGUGCCAGCUUCCUCACCGGGCUUCAUGUGCACAAUCACAUGACAUGGAAUAACAGCAUCAAUGGGGGUUGCUAUAGUCGGACGUGGAGAAAGUUAGAAUCACAAACAUUUGCUUCGGCCUUAAAAGAUGCCGGAUAUAAUACGUUUUAUGCAGGGAAAUAUUUAAAUCAGUACGGAGUUCACGCUUCCGGUGGUCCGGAACAAAUACCACAAGGAUGGAACGAAUGGCAUGGUUUGGUCGGCAAUUCAGUAUAUUAUAAUUAUACAAUAUCGAAUAAUGGCGUGCCUACACGCUCGACCGAUCUUUAUCUAACUGAUAUCAUUCGAGAUCUAAGCCUUAACUUCAUAGAAAAUCAAACGGAAUCUAAGCCGUUUUUGAUGAUGCUCGCUCCCCCCGCGCCGCACCAGCCCUUCACCCCCGCGCCCCGACAUCAAGGUGCCUUCAGUAAUGUUACCGCCGUCAGACAUCCGAAUUUCAAUGUUGCUGCCAAAGAUAAACAUUGGCUUUUAACAAUGCCUCCAACUCCGUUACCCGAAACAAUGAUGUCGGAACUAGACCGAGUGUAUCGGUCACGCUGGGAAAGUCUACUAGCUGUCGAUGAAAUGGUCGCAGACGUUGUCGACGCUUUAGACUCGAAUUCGGUGUUACAAGACACUUAUAUAAUUUAUACUUCGGAUAACGGAUAUCAUAUUGGUCAAUUCUCUCAAGUAUACGACAAGAGGCAGCCAUACGAGACCGAUAUAAAAGUACCGCUGAUCAUACGAGGUCCUACAAUAAAAAAGAACGUGACAGACGACCAACCAAUCUUGAACAUUGAUCUGGCCCCGACUAUAAUGACAUUAGCCGGUCUAACACCACCACUAAGUAUGGACGGUCGCGCUAUACAGUUUGACGAAAAACAAGAAAUCGAAAGGAAUAUGCUUAUUGAAUAUUAUGGGGAAGCUAGAGACGGUUCCGUCGAUCCCAAUUGUCCUUGGAAAUAUGACAGUGAUAAUCUUGCUCAAUGUUAUCCUGAGUACGACUGCAAAUGUCAAGAUGCGAAGAACAACACGUUUGCGUGUUUGAGGCACAUCUCUAAGCGAUUUAAUAUAAAAUACUGUGACUUUUCAGAUUCGGAGGAUUUCACGGAAAUGUAUGACAUUGACAACGAUCAAUACGAAUUAACGAAUAUAUAUGAGGAAGCGCUCCCUUCUGUCAGACAUUGGUACAGACUGAUGCUAGCUCAAAUGCUAACGUGCAAAGGCUACAAGAAUUGUGAUAAACCCCUCGAAUAUCCCAAAGUUUACGGC